GGAUCCCCGACAUUUCUCAAGAUGCUCUGUUGCAAGGCCAUAAGCGGCAGGUUCCUCACUAAGAUCCUCACCUUCGGCAUCCUCUGGGCCCUCAUCAUCUACACCCUCUACCAGUUCAGGUCUUUCUCCAUAGACGUACCGGUGCCCCACCUCAACAGCAGGUUCCUCCUCCAGAAGCGGUUGGAUCCCCUCACGAGGCACGCGGACAGUACCACGGAGAGCAUGGACUUGGAACCGUUCGUGGAUAAGAGUCCCAGUUUGUCCGAGGAUAACCUUAUAGAGGAUAUCCAGAAGAGGAUGCCCAAUCUGCCCAUAGUGUAUUGGAACAAGAACAAGAAUAAGCCCAUGGGGCUCAACAAUACCUGCGCGAGGUUUCCUUCGAUGUUUGAUUUGGAAUUCAACAACCUCUACUGGCAAACCCUGCGGACUUCCAACGGGACCUUCCAGUUGUACGGGGCGUACUUAGACAAGAGGGCUAACAAUAGACUGGGACCGACCGUCAGGAUAUUGGGCAUGAUCGACAGGAUAGAACCUACGGUUGUGACGUACUGCCAAUUCUGGUUCGACGGGAAGAAGGACCCUGUGAUAGGAAAGAGUUUCGAGUAUAAAUACAUAUGGUGA